AAAUAAGCUGCGGGAUCCACGGCAUUUCACGCAGCGCUGCCCGGCAAACUUGUCACUGCAGUGCGUCAGCACUGUAAAAAAGACAACGACAAUCUAUUCACCAGAGUGUGUAUACUAAACGGUUUGAACAUGGAAAAUUAAAUAUUUAAUAUCUAACUAAAAAAUAAAUGUUAAAGCAAUAAGGUGCACCUCAAUCAUGAAAAAAUAUGUUAUUGUAAAUUACCAGGAUUUGCAAUUUGUUGUUGGUACAACAAAGCCAAAAAAAAUACUCAUAAUGCAGCUCCGACAUUGCCCCACUGGCGCAGGGCAAGUGCGGUCUGUCUGGUAGCACACACAGACUGCGGGAGUACUGCACUGAAGGAGAGAAGUUGGAGGAGAAAGUAAUACGCCGAUUUGAAUCCGGUAUAAGCUUCCGUCAAAAUGUGAAAGUAAGUAUUUUGUCUAAAAAUGUACGUGUUGACAUUAUAUAAAUGAAUAUCGAAUGUGUCUGAGUAAAUUGGUUAGCUUCUCAGUUUAGCUAACAUUACUAGCCUGCAUGCUAGAAAGUUAACCUAGCUUUGUGUUCCCUCACGACUUGUUUGACAGUCGUGCAUUUAGUCACACAAGCAAAGUCUCAGCGGUGCUUUCCUCUUCUGCCGCCCUCGUUUCACCUGCCUGCCGCCUGUGUCACUCGGCUGCCCGCCAGCACGCCAUUUCACUCGCGGUGCUGCGGGACAUUGCUGUGAUACAUUGGCAUAGCAUGACAUCGGACAUUUUCAAAAUGCAGCUGUCACAGUGCGCGCGUUUUAUGCAAGCGCAUGAAAUACGUUAAUACGCCACGUUGGUGCCGUUCUGUAUACAGUUGAGAAGUUAUGUUAAACCCUAGAUCUGUUGCAUGCAUGUAAAACCACCAGUUGAUGCCUAAUAAAAUAUUAUGUAUAUCUGCUUGCAGCAAAUUUUCCAAUGAUUAUGUUUUACAUAUUUAAGUUUUUCCCCAACCUGUUCUUGACUAUUGUUUUUAUUUAUAGGGAGGGAAAACCACAUGCAGUGCAAGCUCUGUUCAUUCACGGGAAACGUGGGAAACCUUAUCCGACACUACGAAGUGCAUCAUCGAAGACCUCAUCAUUGGCCUUGUGUCCAUUCCACCUGUGUAUGUGUUUUUAGGACUCGGGGAGCUCUGAAAUCACAUUUAUCUAGAGUUCACAGCAAAGGUCAGCAAAGUCAUCAGUCGGGCAUAAUUUUUAAAUGUAUGCUUUGUGAUUUCCAUCAAUUGUGUUCCGAAGGAGAUAUCACAAAGCAUCUUGGAAAUCAUCUAAAAGUUCAGGAAACAAUUCAGUGUCCUUUUUUAGAUGAUCAAUUUAAAACAAAUAGUUACUCAGGAUUUAGCUCACACAGAAGCAGGAAGCACAAAGGGCACACAAUCAGUGGCCUAAGGAGUGUUCUUCACUCUAGUGCAAGUGAGUUAGUUGGUGUUCCUAAGGUGACCGGUGAAGCCUCAACAUCUUUACAGAGAGAUUCUGGCAGCUUUUCAGGGGAGGCUCAGACUGAUUCUUUAGAGUUUAUACCUUAUGAAUCAAUAGAACAUAACAUUGCAAAACAUUUACUGUCUUUGCAAACAGUCUUACAUGUCUCCCGAAGUGCAGUUCAGGAAAUAGUUGAGGAAACCAAUGAUAUACUUACAGCUUCAAAGUCCCAUUGUUUUCAGUCUGUAGCUGAGGUCCUUCAAAAGCACAACAUUGCUACUGACAACAGUCUUAUUCAAGAUAUAGUGGAAUCUGUGUUUUUGUCCAAUCCAUUACUUGUAACAACAUCAGGGAAGGGCUGUCUAUCUACAGACUACAGAAGGAACCAGUAUUUCAAGCAGAAUUUCCCUUUCAUUGAACCAGUAGAAUAUCUUUACCAACAAAACAGCAAAAAUAAAUUUGUCUACGUACCCCUGAAAGCAGUUCUCCAGAAUCUAUUGAGGCGUCCUGAUUUUGUCAGUGUACUGAGUUUCAGACAAGAGCACGUAGCUGGUGUAUUCCGAUCAUUCCAGGAUAGCUAUUACUUUAAACAGAGUAAUACUUGUACAGACACAGAAAAAGACAUCACUUUAGCUCUUACAUUGAUGAAUUCGAAGUUUGCAAUCCUUUGGGUACAUCAAGGAAGAUUCAUAAAGUAGUAGGUGUCUAUUGGAUUGUUUUAAAUUUACCAGCAAAGUUCCGGGCUAGUCUUACUUCUAUCCAGUUGGCAGCAUUAGGAAAAAGUAUUGAUGUGAAGAAAUUUGGUUAUGAAAGAUAUCUGGAACCAUUGUUGAAGGAUCUGAAAUUCAUUGAAGAGUAUGGAGCAGAUCUCUCAGAGAACUUUAGAGUAAAACUUUUCUGUGUCUGUGCAGAUAACCUAGGAGCACACAGUUUAGCAGGAUUCCAAGAAAGUUUCAGUGUAGAUAAAUUUUGUCGUUUUUGUUUGGUCAGUCAUAGUCAGAUAGCAACUGUGAAAGCAAGUGACUUCCAUUUGAGAACUGUGGAGCAGCACAAUAGAUGUGUUGAAGAGCUCCACCAAAAUCCAGCUCUUAAGAGCGUGAAUGGAGUGAAAGGAGAGUGUGUACUAAGCAAGCACCUUUCUUUUUUCCAUCCUGUGACAGGAUUCCCUCCAGAUAUUUUGCACGAUUUAUUUGAAGGAGUAAUUCCAAUUGAGUUAUCUUUGUGUCUGCAAGACUUAAUUUCGAAGAGCUUUUUCACACUUGAUAGGCUUAAUCAUAUUAUUAGGUCAUUCCCCUACAAAAACUCUGACAAAGUCAACAAACCAAAGAUUAUUCCAAAAGCAGCUUUCUCCAAACAUUCUAUCGGGGGAAAUGGACAUGAAAAUUGGGCAUUGUUGAGACUGCUGCCACUCAUGAUUGGUGACAUUGUUCCGGUAAAUGAACCGUCAUGGGAAAUUCUAAUGGAUCUUAAAGAGAUAGUGGAAAUUGUUGUGUCUGAUAAGUUCACAGAGGAGGCAUUGUGUUACCUAACAUUUAAGCUGUCAGAUCACCGCUCACUAGUGAAAGCAACAUUCCCCACCUUUGUUUUGAAACCAAAACAUCAUAUUAUUGAGCAUUACCCACACCUCAUACGCUGUUUUGGCCCAUUGGUCGAUCUCUGGACUAUGAGGUUUGAAUCCAAACAUGGUCUCUUCAAGAAAGUUGCUCGUAAUGUGCAUAAUACAAAGAAUUUGCUUCUCUCCUUAGCUACAAAACAUCAGCAAUUGAUGGCCUACCAUUUGGAUGGGCAGAGCCUCUUUAAGUCUGAUAUCAACACUGAAAAAGUGAAAGCUGUUCGAGUGUCAUCUUUGGAUUCUCCCUGCAGAAAUGCUAUUCUGGCCAAAUUUCCAAAUGCUGACAUUGUCAAUAUGUCCUGUAAAGUACAGCUGUUUGGAACAGAAUAUGCUCAAAACAUGAUAAUCAUGUCAGGGCAGAGAUUUGGACAGCCAGAGUUUUCCAAGAUAUUGAGCAUUUUAGUCUGUUCUGAUAAAGUGUCUUUCCUGUCAAAAAGACUUACUGUGUGGUACUUUGAGCACCAUUUGAAGUUGAAGACAGUGAUUAUGCAGAACUAUUUGUUCUGGAUGCCAAUGAACUGACUCAUUAUCACCCUUUGACAGCUUAUUAUGUUGGAGGGAAGCUUUGGGUGACACUGAGAGCACGUUUGUGGCGGGAUUCUUCACAAAAAAUUGAGAAUGGCAAAAACUGCGUUUUAACGUGUUUUAUUUAGUGCUGAACAGUGCAAAAAAAGGUGCCAAAAAUAUAUAUAUAUGAAUAAAUAUUAACAGUGGAAAUGACCCAAAAUGUAAAAAGUCCAUCAAAAGUUAAAACCCAACUUUUAACCAAAAAAACCUAUUUCCCCUUUAAUUUCUGCAUCACUCAGACAGAGCCCAUGGGCUCCUAUGUAACCGGUAGCCGACUCACUUGUGGAGCGGGGAAGCUCCCUAUAUACCCCGCUGGCUCCUCCCGGGAUACACCCCCAAGACAGAAAACUAAAGAAAACUCCAUUUCUACAAGUAAAUGGGUGACAUGCUAUGCCUGCACAAUUUCCACAUGUAUAACAGAAACCACCAGCCCCAAAACCCUUCAUAUAAAACCUUAUACUCAUCAGAAAACCCUUAAUUGCUAAGGUGCGCCUCUUUUGGAAUCACAUGAUCCGCAGUGUGCAUGAGAACGGGAUAUUUAAUCUAUCGUAGCGGAAACAGCCAGGUUUUGCCAGUGCGCAUCCCGAGCGCGAGAGGAGAGGACGCAGAGCACAGCGUCUCGCAACACGGAAGGUGAGUGUGGAAAUUAGCAUGUUUAAGAUGGAAAUGACCAACGUUUCUAAGUGUGCACCCUUAGACACGAUGGAAAAUGCGCUAAUUAAAUGGCAUGAAACGAGUAUAUUGUCGGUGUUUGUGGAAAUGAAUUUGGCGCCGCGUAGUACGCUGAGGAGGAGACAGGCUCUCCUGGCCUGUCGACACUUAGAGAUGGACUCGCUCCAUCACAACGUUUGUAUUAAAGAAGGAAAAUGGUAAGUAUGCAUCUUGAAAUUCAUCAUAACUGUUCAUCCUUCUAACAAAGCUUUGUGAGUUAAUGUAUUUAUCUUUUUUUUUUGUCUCAGGCACUGCUACUUCGAGUUGUAAUCUCAAAAGGGGAAGCAUGGCGUGUUCAGUUGUCUCAAGUUCCAGAAACAGUGGAUGCCCUCAUUGAUCUUCUCAAAGAAAAAUUACAACUCCAAGGAGACUUUUCGUUACAGUGUGAAGACCCUGAUUUCCAAAAUGCACUCUGUAAUUUGUCAGACAUUUCAGAGCUACCUGAUAGCCGCGCUGUCCUCCACAUACAGUGGAAAAAAGGCUCUCAGCAUGCUGAAAAUGACAGCCAGUCUCUUGGUUCCAUAUCAUCCCUGGACACUGUGAGCAUGAGCUCUUCUGAAAGCCAGGCAAACAGCCUUUCUCCAAGGUAUCUGCGCAGCCUCUCAGAGUGGCCUGAUCCAUUUCCUAUCCCUGAUUUAUCUCUUGAUGUAGAGUUGAAAUUGAGAAAAGGCAAUGAAACAUAUAAAAAGACCCAAAUCAGCAUUGAUGUGUCAAAAGACAUGAAGAUUGAAAUUCUUGACAAAAUUGCUCAGUCAGCUUUUGACAUCAAGGCCUAUCCAGAGCAUGGUGAAAUUGAAUCUAUUGCUUCAGCUCUGAUACUCAAGUACCCUUGCCUAAAGGAGCCUGGUAAAGGCAAGGGAUAUGAGGGAUGGUUGGUUAGCAUUCGAAACAAGCUCAAUAAUUACAGAGCAAAGCUGCGAGAGGCAGGUUGCAGUGAAGUGUCUGUUAAUAAAAAGAGAAGAGUAGAUGGGGAUACAACUAAAUACACACUUAAGAGAGCUAGACGUGGAGAAGUAAACUAUGUUCCUCAACAUCCACAACAACAAGAUGAUGCGUCACUUGAGGAACAAAGACUUCUCUUGGUGGAAGCAUCCAAGAAAGCAUGAUUUGAUCAUUCACUUGUGAGGGAGAAGAUGGACUUAACAUUUUCCCUAAGGAGAAGAGAGAUAGUGGAGGAGCAACCAAUGGUGGUGGAAGUCCAAAAUAGAUGGCCAGCUUUGUUCUUUAAAGAACAGAUAUGUGAGGAGUUUUCCACAUCACAAACAAGGACUUGCUGGGAACAUUCAGAAUGGCUGUGGACAAAUACACACCGAAACUUCUGCGACUGUAUCGUGCCCGAAAAGGAGCUUUUGGAAAGGAAAUGGAAGAUGUCUUGGAUAAGCUUGAUGAUGAGACCAUUGUCAGACAUCGCCAAGAUGCUGCGCUUCGAGGCCUUCCAGUUUUCCUUCGGGAGGACCCCAAAGAUUUGUUCAGACAAAGUCUCGAGUGUGAUCCCGAAGAUGAGGCAACCACCCCAGAUAGCAAACUAUGGGUGAAUCAAUGUUGAAUCUAUGUUGAGAC